CCCCAAAUUCAUGUCAGACAUUGAAAAUCUUCAUACUGACUUAACAGAAGGAUUUCAUCUUAAUUCAACGGUUCCAUUAAUUACCUUAAAUACAUUGAAAUUAAUGGUUAUUAUGAUAGGAUGGAUUUCAUCCGAUGGCAAAUUGUAA